UAUUUAUCACCAGUUGGUGAUGGCUAUGAUAAAAAGACAUUAAUUGAAUCAUCACAUAGAACAACAAUGGUUGAAUUAUCAAUUGAAGAUUCAGAUUGGUUAAUGAUGGAUAGAUUUGAAUCUGACAAACCAAUAUUCACACCAACAAGACAAGUAUUAGAUCAUAUCAAAUUAAGUGUUGAAAAUUAUUUAAACAUCAAUAAAAAUAUCAUUUGCAAAGUAAAUGUAAUAUUGGUUUGUGGUUCUGAUUUAUUAGGUUCUUUUAAUAUACCAAAUCUUUGGUCUGAUAAUGAUAUGAAUUUAUUAUCAUCAAAAGAUAAUUUUGGUAUUGCAGUAAUUCCUAGAAUUGGUUCAAAUUUAAAUGAUAUUAUAUCAAUUAAUGAAAUAUUAACAAAGAAUAAAGAUGGAAUUUAUUUAAUACCUGCUGAUAUUACAAAUGAUGUAUCUUCAACAAAGAUUAGAGAAAAAUUAAGAAAUAAAUUUUCUGUUAAAUAUUUAAUGCCUGAUAAUGCUUUAAAUUAUAUAAAAUCAAAAAAUAUUUAUAAAACUGAAAUACCAGAUUUUAGAAAUAAACUUUAA